UGUUUACAAACAUAGGGUGCAGACGAUGCCUCUCCCCCUCACACCAUCCCUCACAGCCUCCCUCAUAUUUAGUCUGCCUUGAUUGAUGUGACAUUAUAUGGCUUCCUCUGAGCAAUGGCUAAUUCUCCGGCCAAGAGAGACGACAUGGGUGGAAACACCAUUCAAAACUCUGGCACUGAAUUAUGCGUACAAACCCAUUCUUUAAACAUCAAAUCACUGAAUCACUGUAAUCAAACGUUUACAGACUCCGGCAUACUAAAUAAUGAUCUGUGCGAGCCUCUCCAAAGGAUUGUCGACCCAGAAAACCACAUACAUACGAGACAGAAUCGGACAGAUUAUAGUGAAGCCGAGGUUACCCAAGCCGUGGUGAGAGAACCCACACUCUCCGAGAGUUCGUGUGAGGGAGAGAAGGAGAAUGAGAAUUCUAUAGUUGCUACUGAUAAGGGUCAAUUAUAUGAUGAUCUCAGUAAUAAAGUGAAAGUAGUUUUUAAUUUAGAAGGGUUAAAGGAGGCUGGGGGUCUGCUGUAUAUAGGGUGCAAAGGUGAUAUUGACAAAACUAAUCCAUCAAAGAUAACUGAAUGGUUUACUGCAGAGUUCUUAAAUCUUCAUCGAGUAUAUGCUAUCAAAGAAGAGGAACCGUUUCUUCUCAGGGUUUUUACACGCAAUCAUGAAUCAACAAAUCGUGGCAUCAGAAAAAAGGGAGGACGAAAAGUAAUGUUAAUGGGCCAAGAAGUGUUUGGUGAUGUAUUGCUUGCUUGUGGUCACUGUGGGUACUGGUCUCAUGAGGGAAGUAAUGUUCGGAGGCACCUCAAGAAAUCUGUGUGUCUUAAGGAGAGAGGAUAUUCAAAAGAAGAUUUAGCAGGCCUAGACAGAACAGAGCGAAGGAAAUUUCUCAGAAGAGUAGCAGCAGCAAAAUGUCGGGCUAAGAAGAGAGCUAGAGCAACAGAGGAUGAAGCCACACCAGAGGUAAAUGAAACAGAUGGAAAUCAGCCUAAAGUGGGCACCAAUACCUGCACACCAUACUCUUUAAAUCUGGGUAUGUCUUCUGAUGCUUAUGUAGAAUGCCUUGUGGAAAUUCAAGAGACUUGUUGUGGAACAGGGGUUCAAAGAACUAGCACAAGAGUACCUGUGGGGGUAUCUAAUGCACCUAUUGUGAAUGGAUUAUCGCAGCCAAAAAUAAAGAGGAAACCUCCGAAGUAUAAAGCUCUUACGCUGGGACCUGCUGUAGAGCAGGAAGUAGUUCAGAGGGUGCCAUAUGACAUCUUUACUGUUAAUGACAAAAAUGAGAGAGUGGCUUGGAAACCUCCGGCAUGUCAUAAGGCCUCCCCUGGGGACCAGACUUGCCAAAUAGUUUUCAAAGGAGCUCGAAUGAAACGACGGUGUAUGGAUUUGCCUGUUCCCAUGGUUCUGAUAUAUCGCAAGUUAGACUGUAAAACUCAUCACUGUAACUUUACACUUUUUCAUCCAAGUGCCAGAGCAUCAUUCAGAAAUGACACUACUGCUAAAGCUUCAGUCAAUGUCAAGAUGUAUGGAGAUAUAGUUAUGACGCAAGAAUUUUAUCACUACUUUGUCUCCCUUUUGUCUAUCAUGAAGAUGAAGUCUUCUCAAACUGCAAGGCACUUAACAAGUGUAUGGGAAACUAUAAUAAGUGAACGAUUAGGAACGACAGCUAUACCUGAAGAACACCGUAAGGUUAUAACACUCUCUAAGCAAACGGUAAAGUCAAUAUGGACAAGUAUAGAAGAUGAGGCUGGAAGCCGAGGGGGUCCGAGGCUGAUAAAGGGAUCUAAACGCAAGAAAAAGCCACCCGCUCCAUCUGCACCCAUUAUUCAUCCAUCAAGUGUAGCAGUCAUGAGCCACCAGGGUCCUAUUGCUGCUGCUUCUUGUGGAGAUGCAGCAGUACAAGUGUCUCAGCCUGGGAUGCAGCAUCACUGCAUGAAACGUCUCAAUCAUGUUGUUCAAAAACCACAUCAUCCUCCUCCUCCUCCACCACCACCACUACCUCCUAAACCUCACAUGAUGCCACCACCUCAUCCUCCUCCUCCCCCUCACAACCACAUGCAGCAGCCUACCCAUGCGACAGUAACACACACACACUGGCUUGGACAGGCACCACAGUACCCACAUAACAUGACUCCUUAUCCAAUGGCACCACCACCACCUCCGCCACCUACUGCUGAAUAUUACCCUAUGCCCGGGCACUUCAUGGCUCAGUACACACCAGCUACCAUGGGUACGUCACCUUGAAAACUAAUCGGGUUUAAUCAGGUUUAGUCUUAGCAAACAUUAUUGUUAAUUCUUUUGAAUCGGUGAACAAUUUUAUACCAUAGGCUCACAUCUCUAAUAUUUUGGAUUAGUUUUUAAACAAUGCUGGAUGUCAUUGUUUUCUUUGAGUAAAGAAUCAAAAUGUAAUAUAGUCAGCCACACUGAAUGUUUUCAAAAGCAUGCUAAUGAUGGAUUAAAUAUUGAAUUCAUUCAUUAAAAUAUAUUUAUCUGACAACUUGAAUUUAUCUUUGAAGUAGAAUUAAAUACAGAAAUAAUGCCAUUAUAAUUUUUGUAUUUACUUGAAAGUUUAAUUUUUUUUUUAUUAUUGAUUACCUACUAAUAAGUCCCACUAAUAAAGAAAACAUUAAAAUUUUAAGUCAAACUUUAUCAUUUAAAAAUUUGCUGUAAUCAUUUCAAGAUGCCAAAGGCUAAAACGGCAAAUUAUAAUAAACUUUCUGCAGUUAUUUUGCAAGCCUUAAAUUUUGCAUAAAUAUCCCGUAACAGUCUCAUAUUUGUAUUAUUAUUGUAAGUUUAUAUACAAAUUUAAUUGUUAUUAAUUUUUAAUUCCAUAAAAUUAAUGGUCUACCUACAAAUGCAAGAGUACAAAAUAUGAAUAUUUAGUUAUGUAAAACAGUAAAAGAACACAUUAUAAAAGUGAACAGUAACAAUGUUUUGGUUUAUUCAGGACCACUAUCAAGCCAAAAUUAAUAGGAAAACUGAUGAUGGAGAGUGAGGCAAAGCAGAAAUGUAAGGCUAAAGACAUACAGUGUUGUGUACCCAGGAGGGUGUAGCAAGAUGGCAGGGGGCCAGGAGGGUGUAGCAUGAUGGCAGGGGGCCAGGAGGG